AGGAUGGGUGGAGUUCACUGAUGGCUGCAUCUCAGGAGGGACAUGUGGAGGUGGUGGACAAGUUAUUACAACAUGGAGCCACAGUAGACCUGCAAAAAGAGGGUGGGUGGAGUUCACUGAUAGCUGCAUCUCAGUAUGGACAUGUGGAGGUGGUGGACAAGUUAUUACAACAUGGAGCCACAGUAGACCUGCAAACAGAGGAUGGGUGGAGCUCACUGAUGGCUGCAUCUCAGAAUGGACAUGUGGAGGUGGUGGACAAGUUAUUACAACAGAAAGGGAGUAGUUCACUGAUGGCUGCAUCUCAGAAUGAACAUGUGGAGGUGGUGGACAAGUUAUUACAACAUGGAGCCACAGUAGAUCUUCAACGUCAGGAUGGGUGGAGCUCACUGGUGUAUGCAUCUCUAAAAGGACAUGUGGAGGUGGUGGACAAGUUAUUACAACAUGGAGCCACAGUAGAUCUUCAAGAUGAGGAUGGGUGGAGUUCACUGGUGGCUGCAUCUCAGGAAGGACAUGUGGAGGUGGUGGACAAGUUAUUACAACAUGGAGCCACAGUAGACCUGCAUGAUAAGGAUGGGUGGAGUUCACUGAUGGCUGCAUCUCAGGAGGGACAUGUGGAGGUGGUUGACAAGUUAUUACAACAUGGAGCCACAGUAGAUCUUGAACAUUCGGAUGGGAUGACUUCACUGAUAAUAGCCUCUCUAAACGGACAUGUCGAGGUGGUGGAAAAGCUAUUACAAAAUGGAACCACAGUAGACCUUAUUACCAAGAAGUAUAAUGACACAGCACUGUUUCUAGCCUGUCAGAACAAUGACUUGACCACAGCUUCUGUCCUCCUGAGAGCUGGUGCCUACCCAAAUGGCUGCAAUAACCGUGGACAGACUCCACUGCUGCAGGCUGUAAGACACAAAAACCUGGCAAUGGUCAGGGAAUUAGUACAGGCUAAUGCCAAUGUGAACCAAAUGGAGCAGGGAGGACUCUCUCCUCUGAUGAUGUGUUGUGAACAAGGAGACUCAGAGAUGACAAAACUGCUACUUGACUCUCAAGCUAAUCCUAACCUCCAGCAAUCAAAUACUGGAUACACAGCUCUGAUGUUUGCCUGCAAUGGAGGUCAUCUGGCCACAGUGAAGGUCCUCAUGGAACAUGGAGCUGACCCACUGAUCAGGAAUUUGGCGGGUGUGACAGCAUUGAGUAUUGCAUCUGCUAAUGAGUUUCCUGAUGUCUGCAAUGAACUAAACCACUGGGGGCAGCCAGAUAGCACCACUGAUGUGGAGCAUCCUGCGACUUCUACAGCAAAAGAUGAAGUAGACGAAGUAGUCAGUAGGUUCCGAGGACAGAUGUUGGCGGAAACUCCCUACGACCACAGGGAACAAGAGGAAGGGGUAGAUGGAAAGAAGGUUCCAAAAGGAGAUUACAAACGAUACUUGAAGAUUCGUGCAUUUGGAGCAACUCUAUGGAGAACUGGGAAAAGGAAAGUUAAAGCAUCAAUAGAAACAUUGUACUUUAACCUUAACUGAUAUUACGUGUAUCUGUUUAUUACCAGAAUAUCUUGGUUGUUGACAUAAUCAAGCAUAGCUAGUCAUCAAAGUACCACAAUACGACAGCGGACGUACACUAGCUAAUGUGUUCUUGCUGACUUGGCAAAUUGUGCUCAAUUGUUCCAGCAAAAAGAAACACUAGAUCAAGGAUAGUUAAAAUAAUGGCAGUGAAGUAUGUGUACAGUUGUGAGACAGUCACACUAAGUACCACUAUAAAAUAAUGAGUUCUUCGUCUUUGUCACGGGG